UAAUGAUCCAGACCAUCCAGAUGUUAAAUCAUUACCCGUCACACUAUAUAAUCCCAUGUUCCGAACCGUGGCACGACCCCAACCUUCUCUGAAUCCACAUCAUGUCAGACGCACCGGAAGUCAAGGCCACCUCGAACGGCAUUCCUCCUCCAAGCUUCCACUUGCCAUUACCUGAUAGACCAGACAUCAUCACCGCCAACAUUCAGAAACUCACGGAGCUAACGCCGAAUCCACGCCACAGGUUCAUCUUCAAGGCACUGAUCAAGCACCUGCACCAGUUCAUCAAUGAGACCAGUCUAACCACAGACGAAUGGAUGGCAGCAAUUGAUUUCUUGACGCGCACUGGACAAAAGUGCACACCAUUGCGUCAAGAAAACAUUCUGCUAUCGGAUGUCCUGGGUGUUUCUGCUCUCGUCGACGCGCUAAACAAUCCCGUUGCGGGAGGUGCAACAGAGAACAGCGUCCUGGGUCCAUUCUUCACCAAGGACGCUGCAGAUGUGGGAUUUGGUGAAUCGAUUGCGUCUGAAGGAAAAGGAGAUUACAUGUACGUCGAAGGUCGGAUUUUGACGACCGACGGGCAGCCAAUCUCCAACGCCGUCAUUGAAACUUGGGAAACCGAUGACCAUGGAUUUUAUGACACUCAGUACACAGAUCGCUCACAUCCCGACUGCAGAGGUCGCCUCCGCUCCGACGAUGAUGGUAAAUUUGGCUAUCGCGCUGUUGUGCCAGUAGCGUACCCAAUUCCUGGAGACGGUCCUGUUGGUGAACUUCUUCUCCUUCUUGGCCGGCACAACAUGCGGCCAAAUCAUUUACACAUGAUGGUCGAAGCUCCUGGUUUCCACAAGUUGGUCACGGCAUUUUAUCCAGAUGGCCGCGACUAUCUAAGAAGCGAUUGCGUCUUCGGUGUCAAGAAAUCCUUGGUAGUGAACUUAAAGGACGUUGUAGAGGAUGAAGAAGCUCGCAAACGCGGAUUUCCUCAGGGUGGCUCAUUCAAGUUAUUGCAAUAUGACAUUGUGUUACUCACAGAAGAUCAGUCUGCCAUAAUACGUGCUGGCGUUGGAGAACGUUACACGAUUACGUCGGACCAUAAAAGUGAUAAAUCAUAAUGGACUCGAUACGGCGUCAUCAUGUAUUUCAGAUAUUCUGUUUUACUCGUCAAGUUCUUUGCUGCAAUGCCGUACCGACAUCUGACAUUUUUUGGAACACCCCAUGUGACGUAGAAUGCAAAGUGGAUGUUCAGUGUUCACUAGAGUGUCUGGUGACUUGUUA